UAACGAAGUUUUUUAUAUCAAGAAAUGUGUAUGUAAAUUGUUUGUAACUAAAGAUAAAUCAUGUUAAAAUUGCGUAGUGAUAGAAAAAUUCUUAGUGAUGUUUUCAACUCGUUUGUUCGACAAUUAUAUACUAAAGAAACUAAACUCUAUAAGGGAAUAUGUAAACCAAAACUAUUUCCUGCCAAAUUUUUGGCAACCUCCUGCAAGGACGAAUUUUGCAUUGAUAAACCUACGAAAUGGCCAAGUGGAAAACCGGCCAAUUUUAAGUUUCAUCAAGAAACUGAAACUAUAUUAAACGAACAAAUAAAUGCGGAACUGAAAGCUUUCUAUCAUUAUUUGUCCAUGGCUGCAUACUUUGGGCGCGCAGAUGUAGCAUUGCCUGGCUGUGAAUCAUUUUUCAUGCAAAUGCAUCAUGAGGAACAUGAGCAUGCUAUCAGAUUUCUAAAUUACGUCAAAAUGCGCGGAGGUCUUGUGAAUUUAUGUCCAAUACAACCUCCUUCCGACCAAGAUUGGAAAUGUCCAUUGCACGCUUUUAAAACAGCAUUGACUUUGGAACUAGAAGUAGCUGAAAAACUAGUAGCAGUAAAUACUGUUGCGGAAAAACAUGGCGAUUUAAAUGCUAGUGAUUUUAUUGUUACCGGCUUUAUGGAAGAUCAAAUGAAGAGUGUGAAUGAAAUGGGAAGAUUUGUAGCUGUCCUGUCUGGUAUCGGUGAUCAAUCAUUAGCACGCUUUAUAUUUGAUAAAGAUUUACUUGAACAUUACGUUCAACCAAAAUUUAAUAUUCUUCGUUCAAAACUGCGACCAAAUAGUACUGACAAGUAAUAUUUCCAUUUUCUUAUGUCAUAUAGUAUAUGAUAUAUCAUAUUUAUAUGUAAUUUGAAAUAACAAUAUAUGUACAUGUCAAUUACAUUAUAGUAAAAGUGGAAAGCCUGGUGAUAAAAAUACUUGAAAAAUACUAAUAAAAAGAUCAUUUUUCAAACAAUGUAUAACAAUUUAAUAAAAUUUCACUU